AUGCGUGAGAUCGUACACAUCCAGAUUGGCCAGUGUGGCAACCAGAUUGGAGCCAAGUUCUGGGAGGUGAUUGGAGAGGAGCAUGGGAUAGACUGGGCCGGGAGCUACUGCGGGGACAGCGCUCUGCAGCUGGAGAGGAUCAGCGUGUACUACAAUGAGGCCCAUGGUAAGAAAUACGUGCCCCGAGCAGUCUUGGUGGAUCUGGAACCCGGGACCAUGGACAGCAUCCGAUCCAGCCGAGUGGGGGCCCUCUUCCAACCGGACAGCUUUGUCCACGGUAACUCUGGGGCCGGUAACAACUGGGCGAAGGGCUACUACACGGAGGGCGCCGAGCUGGUGGACAGCGUGCUGGACGUGGUGCGUGCCGAGGCCGAGGGCUGCGACUGCCUGCAGGGCUUCCAACUAGUGCAUUCGCUGGGCGGGGGCACGGGGUCGGGGAUGGGCACUCUGCUGCUGGGCAAGAUCCGCGAGGAGUACCCUGACCGCAUCCUGAACUCGUUCAGCGUGAUGCCCUCACCAAAGGUGUCAGACACUGUGGUGGAGCCCUACAAUGCCGUGCUGGCGCUGCACCAGCUUGUGCUCAACUCCGAUGCCUGCUUCUGCAUCGACAACGAGGCGCUCUAUGACAUCUGCUUCCGCACGCUGCGGCUCAGCACUCCCACCUAUGGGGACCUCAACCACCUGGUGUCCCUCACCAUGAGCGGCAUCACUACCUCUCUGCGCUUCCCGGGCCAGCUCAACGCUGACCUGCGCAAGCUGGCCGUGAACAUGGUGCCCUUCCCGCGCCUGCACUUUUUCAUGCCCGGCUUUGCACCGCUCACGGCCCAGGGCAGCCAGCAGUAUCGAGCGCUGACCGUGGCCGAGCUCACCCAGCAGAUGUUUGACGCCCGCAACACCAUGGCCGCCUGCGACCCCCGCCGCGGCCGCUACCUCACCGUGGCCUGCAUCUUCCGGGGCCGGAUGUCCACGAAGGAGGUGGAUGAGCAGCUGCUCAACGUGCAGACCAGGAACAGCAGCUGCUUCGUGGAGUGGAUCCCCAACAACGUCAAGGUGGCCGUGUGCGACAUCCCACCCCGGGGGCUGAGCAUGGCGGCCACCUUCAUCGGCAACAACACAGCCAUCCAGGAGCUGUUCGGCAGGAUUUCCGAGCAUUUCUCGGCCAUGUUCAAGAGGAAGGCCUUCGUGCACUGGUACACCGGUGAGGGGAUGGACAUCAACGAGUUUGCUGAAGCUGAGAGUGACAUCCAGGAUUUGGUGUCUGAAUACCAACAGUUUCAAGAUGCCAGAGCGGAUGUGGAAGAGAAGGAGGAGGUGGGGGCAGAAACAGAAGUGGAACCAGCAGAUAAGGAACAUUAA